UACAGUUCAAGUACAAUUUCAUGUCAUUCUUAAGUCCAAGCAUUUCACUAUGUGCGCCCAGUGUGAUGUACUGUCUUUUUAUAGUUUAUUUUGGAUUCAGACAAUAGCAAUAGAUACUAUAGAGGGGACAGAGCACUAAGGAAAGUGGAGCAUUUAUUUUGUUAAUGUAUUUACCAUUUAGCUUUGGUGUUUUGUUUUUCUCCAAUUUCUCUUUAAUAUUGAUGUACUUCAUUGGUGAUAAGUGUUAUAAGAUACCAUACUUGGAAGUAAAGAAUUAUUUAGUUGGUGACAUUUGCUGGAGGAGACAAGAACUUAUUGCAAAUAUGUUGAGAAAAUAGAUUAAUAGUAAUGAUUUGAUUGCUUGAAAUACGAAACUGUGUCAUAUACAAAAUAUUAUAAAUUAUACACAUUAUCCAUGAUUAUGUGAUAGGCCUACAGAGAUGAUAUGAGCUAGCUCUUCUUUACUUUAUUUUUCACUAGGCUUAGUAUUCGUCCCAGACUGAUCAAGAUUUUUUGUCCUUAUCACAAUGUGCUGACCUAUUUUUGAGGAGAAAUGAUUAAUUUUGCCAUGUAUUAAUUAUUUUUCAAAAGACAUUUUAGAUUGAAAGUGUUGAAUCCUCGGUAAUUUUUUUCACUCAGGAUUGACCAUACAAAUUAUGUUAUUGUAAUUAGCAUUCUCUUAAAACCAAAGUGACCUAACCUAGCCCAGCUGAACCCAAACCGAGGCAACCAAACUCAAUGUAUCAGAUCUAAACCCAACCUAAUGUAACAACCAAAUAUUGCUCUUCUUGGUUAGUUGAUCAAAGUUGCUUGGUAAAGCAGUCUUCCUCUCCUAGUUUUUAUAUUGUUGAGGGGCUAAUUCUAGAAAGCAGCAUGCCAUUUGCCUAAUACGAAGUCCCACAGUUGAAAUGGCCUUUGUACCUUCGGCUCUCUGGCAAAGACAAACAUCCACCUCGUAAAUUUUGCAAGAUAGGCCAAGAUCAAAAGAUGCCACUCAACACUGCUGAAGCCCUGUCUCUCGUGUCCCAAAUAUGUGAGGAAGAGAAGCUGCGAGUUGCCAUCAAGGAAAGCAUGAAAGGUGGAUUCAUUGCUGGAGGAACAACCAUGCUGGGGGGUCUGCUGGGUGGCCCCAUAGGGCUUGCUGUGGGUGGGACUGUGGGAGGGCUUACAGCUGCCUACCUCUCCCAGGGGAAGUUCAAGAGUGUAGCAAGCAUCAUCAGUAAUGACCUGACACCAAUGCAGAGGGAGCAUCUUGCAAAUUCUGUUAGGAUGUUCCUGAGAAACCGAUCUAUUGGGGAUCUUACUCAGGCAUCAAGGAUAUUGCUGAGUCCAUCUCUCAAGUUGAUCCUCAUCCAGACUGUCAUACAGUUUUUGAUUGCUGCCAUAGGGAUUAUUUUCCGGUGGAACCGUGAAAGACAUUAUAGACUGGCAAGUCCUGAUCGCCUAGACUCAGCCUCUAGGAUGUAGGCUUAAAGUUGUUGAAUUGCAGAAAAAUGAUGGAAAAUUAUCCAGUAUUGAUAUUUAUUUAGAGGAUUGUCAAAUAGAGUGAUACUUAUGGGAAGAGAGGAUUGCAGAAUACAGAAAAAAUCAGUGUAAUUUGAAUAAAAGAUAGCAAUUUUGUAUAGGGUGUUCCCAGAGUUACAUAAGGUAUUUGUAGAUGUGGAAGAAUAUUUGAUUCAGAUAUUAGGUGUGAAGUGAAUUCUAGAAAUUAUAUAGAGCAAAAGAGGGGGAAAAGGAUGCUGGGCAUGGAGUUGCUAUCCAGUAAAAUUAUGGCAUGAUUUUGAUAUUUUUUAUGCAAGUUAUGGAAUAUUAUGAUAGAGUUCAAUAGUAAAUCAUACUGUAAAGAAAAAAAAAAAAAAUUAUUCAUUAGUUAGGAUUACAAGAGGACAGUGUUACUGUAAUUAGCACAAAGAAUUAAAUGCUAUUUUCCAUCAGCAGUCUCCCUCCUGGUCUCUAUCAUCUCGCACUCAUUUGGAGUGCAAUUUUGAAAAUCCACCUCAAGCUUAUAAUAGAAACAACAGCAAUACAUUUUAGUCAGAAUCACAUUUUAUUCCAUAUUUGUGAAUAUUUGACUAGAACUCAUGGGAUGCAAUGUGUUUUGUAGGUUAGCAACAUCAUGUUGUUUAUAUAUUUCUCCUCAGAGUCCCUUGUUGCACUGAGGAUUGUUUUGAAAAUAAAAGUGAGUUCUCCGUGAAACAUGUAAUAAGAGACUUGUUUGUUAAUUGCUGUGUCUAGAAUUUAAGAUUGGAGACCUAAUGAUGAAACUGGACAUGCAGUAAAGGUGUGUUUGUCUUGUCAGCUGAAAGUUUAAAGAGAAUGAAAUAGUUAAGCUUGUUAGAAGUAAGCUUUGUUUUUCAGAGGGAAUUUUCUAGCAGGAAAGUCUUGAACUUAUUUAUUGACAGAUUUUUGUAACUCAUCUACUAUUUUCAAUAAUUGAUUUAUUGUCUUCUCCAUUGCACCUUCAUUGAUAUUCUCAGAAUAAUAUAAGAGUUACAUCACAAUGACUGCUUGCUAUAGGAAAGUUGGAGUAUGUUUAAUUCAGUGCCUCCGGGACAUUUGGGGAGUCUGACUGGGCUUGCCUCCAUAGCCUAUUUCAGACAUGUCUGGUGUGUUGCUCUUGCUGUGCUGUACCAACAAAGGGAUAUGAUUUCUUUUUGUAUCACUUGUAUCUAAAACAUGUAUCUUUAAAGAAUAGUAGCCUGAUUAUGUACAUUGGACUUCAUUUCAGUAGAUUUGGUGCAUUUCACUCUGAGUACAAAUUUUUGCUAAUCUUAUGUUUACAAAAUAAGAGAUUUUAUGCAGUUAUUUACAAAUCUGCUACUCCUGCAGCUUCAUUACUUUUAUUUUGUUUGUCAUACUUUAAGAGUCACGCUGGCAGACCGCUAGGCCUAUAUGACAGUCCAAGUAGUUGACAUGAAGAGACUGAUUAUAUAAACUACAGUGAAAGUUACCGGUUCACAGUAGCAGCAAAAAAAUGUAGUGUUUUGAUGUGUGACAUCUUCCAUGCAUAGCAGGCAAAUGACUUGUAUGCUUAAUAUCGCCCUCUAGACAAAAUAUUAUCCAGACAGUGCAUUACAUUUUCCAUUCUCUCUCAAGCACUGUCCUAGGGCAUGUGACAUGUGGGCAUAAAGGUACCUUAUAAAGAACAACUUCAGAUGUAAUGCUUGCAUCAUAGUAACAUGAUCUGACCCAUCGCCCAGAGCCAUGCCCAAGUUAGCUAUGUCAUGAAUGACCCUUCACCUGAAACCAUAACCAAGUUGCCAUGACAUAAGCCCCAUGUUGUCUUGGAGGCUAAGGAUUAAGAGAUGAAAUGAGCCUUAUUAUGCAUUAGCAUUAAUCAUGAAAGUACGCUACAACUGUUAUGCCAUAGAUGUGUAUGGAAUACAGAUGACCCCUGUGGAAUGAUGUUUCGAUGUGAUUCUGAAAAUUUCAUUGGAGAGUGAAAAUGGGGAUUGAAAUUCUAGCAUGGGUGAAAAGUAAUGUAAGGGAAGCAUUGCUCUAAGGAAAAAAAGUGCUGUGAAAAGCAAUAGCAUAUUUAAGUGAUAUAUAAAUGCAAAUGUGAAAUACUUGUAGUUGUUGUGCCUUAAUGAAAUUAAGAUUUAGUUUAGUACAUGUAUAGCUUUUAAUUUUACUUGCUUACAUGGUAAUUAGCACAGCCCACAUUUUGAUGAGAAAUUGUUAAUAACUUCUAUUUAAUAGUCUAAAUAAUUUUUGUUUGUUGUUCAUUGAUGUUAAAUGUAUUUGUUGCUAUUAACAUAU